AUGGCCGACAAACUGGGCGACAUGAUGGGACGCUUCGGCAAGGCCCCCAACGGCCUAGGCCUGGGCAUCAAACUGCUCGUCGCUGCCGGCGGUCUCGGGUACGCCGCAACGCAGUCCGUCUACACAGUGGAGGGUGGUCACCGUGCAAUCAUCUUCAGCCGAAUCGGUGGCAUCCAGAAGAAUGUGUACGCUGAAGGCUUGCACUUUCGACUUCCCUGGUUCCAGUGGCCCAUUAUCUAUGACAUUCGAUCGCGUCCGCGAAAGAUUUCCUCUCCAACUGGUAGCAAAGAUUUGCAGAUGGUCAACAUUACCCUUCGCGUUCUGGCUCGUCCCGAUGCUUCCAAACUGCCUCAAAUUUACCGUGUCUUAGGAACUGACUACGACGAGCGUGUCUUGCCUUCCAUUUGCAAUGAGGUGCUUAAAAGUGUUGUCGCCAAGUUCAAUGCUUCUCAGUUGAUCACUCAGCGUCAACAAGUUUCGCUGCUGGUUCGCAAGCAGCUUAUCGAGCGAGCCAAGGACUUUCAUCUCAUUCUCGAUGACGUUUCGCUCACUGAAUUGAGCUUCAGCAAGGAGUACGCCGCUGCCGUCGAAUCCAAACAAGUGGCCCAACAGGAGGCUCAACGUGCUGCUUUCACCGUGGAGCAGGCCAAGCAGGAGCGUCAGCAGAAGAUUGUUCAAGCUGAGGGAGAAGCCGAAGCUGCUCGAAUGUUAGGUGACGCUAUCUCCAAGAAUCCCGGUUAUCUCAAGUUGAGGAAGAUUCGCGCUGCCCAGCAAAUUGCAAAGACGAUGUCUCAAGCCCAGAACCGCGUCUACUUGGAUGCCCAGUCGCUGUUGCUGAACAUCUCCGAGAAGGACUUUGACAUUAAGUCAUCGCAAAUUCAGGGCAAGAAAUAG